AUGGCUUCUCGCCAAGGGCCUCCUCUGACCUACAAUCGAACAAUCGAAAGCAGAAGUGUUGAUACACCUCCUGUGGCGUGCCUUGACAGCCUAGUUCCAACUCCGCCGGUUACCAGACAGUGCAGUGUACCUCUGGGAGAUACUCCCCAUAAGGAAAGGCGAAGGGAGCAGAACAGGAUUGCCCAGCGGAAGUAUCGGCGAAAAAUUGCGGAUCAAAUCAGACAAACCGAGCAGUUCGCGCAGCAAGUGCAUCAAGCACUGAGAAGGAAUCCGAGUGCUCUGUCACGUUGUUCAGAGUGUAGCCAUUGUCAUAGUCUUGAGAGCCUCUAUAAUGGUUUCACUGAGCUGCCAAGAUCAGAAUCUGAUGUACACAAUACAACUCAAGCUGUUGGGGUUCUACCUCCUGUGCCGCAAGAAGAUUUGUACGACAAUGACUUGAGUCUCGACAAUAUCGACUUUGAAUCAACCUUUCUAGAACAUAACACACUUGACAUGACGCGACCUGAAAGCAAUAAAGCUGCUAGAGCAGCAACUCUGCCCAUAAGACCGCCCAGACAACCAGACCGGGCUCAGACAAACAACGAUGCUCCUGCCACGCCGUUGUGGCAGCUGCAAGACGUCAGCAGUAGUCUCCUUCAAGAGAUAGUUGAAACGGACACCAAUAACCCCGAGUCUGCGAACGCACGGACUCAAAUCCCAGAGGGCCUGAGCCAGAUGGAGGCAGCCGUCCACAUGGCUGCCCGCGAAGGACACAGUGCGAUUGUCGCCAUCCUCCUACGCAGUGGUUCAUACGUUGACUCGCGUGACAAUGAGGGCCGAACACCGCUGCAUCAUUGUGCAGAAAAUGGACACGUGGAGACCAUGAAGAUGCUGUUGGAUUCGGGUGCGGAUCCAAAUGCGACAGAUUGUGAAGGUACGAGCGUUCUUCUCGCAGCGGUUAAGGCGGGCAAGGACAGGGUGGUAGAAAUCUUAGUAAAAGUCUUGAGAGAUCAAUGA